CUGCAGCUCACCUUUGAAGCAGAAGCAAAAGCAGCUGAGCUGAGCUAGCUAUAGCCAUCACAGCAAGUGUCAGGUGGAAACUAGCUUAGAUAGAGAUGGCUCCGGCCUUCGUCUCCGACGAGCGCGCCGUCGCGGUGUCGGUGGAGAGGCUGUGGAAGGUCUGCUUGGACGUGCACUCCCUGCCCAAGGUCUGCGCCGGAUUCAUCGACGCCGUCGAGGUCGAGGGGAAUGGCGGGCCGGGCACCAUCCACAUCAUGAAGCUUAACCCUGCCGCGGACGCAGGGAGCGUAUACAAGACCAAAAUAGUGGUGUGCGACAGCGCAACUCACGUGCUAAAGGUUGAGGUGUUGGAGGUUAAGAGCAGGGUGGGCAACCUCAAGUCGCACUCGACGGAGACGAAGCUCGAGGCCACCGGCGACGCCACCUGCGUGGCCAAGCUCACGGUGGAGUACGAGCUCGAAGACGGCGCCUCGCUGUCGCCGGAGCAGGAGAAGAUGAUCGUCGACGGCUACUUCAGCAUGCUCCAGAUGAUCGAGGCGUACCUCGUCGCUCACCCUGCUGAGUACGCCUAAAAAUAUUGUGGUCAUGUUACUGUGGCGUGGUCGCAUGUGAGAAGAAUUAUUCUGUGUUUAAGGUUAUGUAAUAAUUUCAGUAUUGUGUUUUUGCUUCACGAGUGAAUAAAAUACACAUAAGAAUGUGUUGUGUUUGAUGGUUAAUAUAUAUGGAAGAUUGUGGAUCAGUGUAAAAGUAGAUUAGAAAUAUAAUAAUAUUUGUGAGUUUAUUUGAUUA